AUGAAGUGUAACUCUGGUAAUGAUCUUUAUGCUUGUUUGCUUGCACAGACAGUUAAUGAUGUGUUAGUUGGAUGUACGGAUGCUGCCCUAUCACGAUACUACUACCGGAAGUCGGGUGACAAUAAAACUGGCAAGGAGAUACGUCUACGAUCGGUCCUUGUGGUUAAUUUAAGGGCAACUACAGCCCUACACGAAUGUGUUAGUAUGAUACAGUCUGCAAAGGGAAGUGAUGUGAAAUUGGGAAAUCAACUUGGUUUCAUCAUCCUUCCAGUUCAGAUAGCCAUGCACCAUGAUCCACUCAAUUUCAUUCGCAAGGCUAAGAAUACCGUGGAUCGGAAGAAGAGCUCACUAGAAGUGGCAUUCACACAUGUUGCCGCAGAAGUCGUCCAUAAAAUAUUUGGUCGAAAGGCAGGUGCUUAUAUCGUCGAUCGUAUGUUCUCCAAUACAACUACGUUAUUGUCAAACAUGAUAGGUCCAGUUGAACAGGUGGAGUUCUGUGGACACCCUGUUGUCUUUAUUGCCCCUAGCCAGUACGGACUACCACAAGUAAGUUAG